UCAGGGCCGGGCUAAUCGAGCUGAAAAGUGAAAGUAAAAUGCAGCCCAGUGAUCUCAGCUCUGAAGGAACUCAAGCAAGCUGCGACGACCACGCGAGUUCACACGCAGAGAGUCAGCGUUAAAAAAAAAGGCUCGCCGUGGGAAUUUCCAGAUAUACACGGGUUCUCGUACUGGGGGCUUUACAAGAUAUAAUGACGGAGUAGGAAGGAUUUUUUUUUAAACACACGUCAAGACUAAUAAGGACCUCUUGACUGCGCACUGUGGCGCGAUCAGAGCCAGGCGUUGAACAUUAACAUCGGAAAGCCUAAUUGAAAGAGGCACUCCUUGGAAGACACCAAGCACUGAAGCAGCCCGCAUAAGCCCGGGGAAAGGGUUACCCAGCACGUGACUGUGUCCGGUGGGAAAAGUUUGGAGACGUUUGUGUUUGCGCCUGAUUUCACUUGAGUAGAGAGACUAGAACUUCAGCAGAAGCAUGGUCCGAUUUGAAGCUUGGCUCCUUAUGGUGUUUCUGGGUCUGAUGUGGGCAUUACCAAUCUGGAUGAGCACUCUAACACCUCAGUUCUGCACAUCUCUGAAAACUCUGGAAGAUCGGCUCAAUGCAUCAUUAAGGAAACGAUAUUUGAAACAUAACUUUCCUAUUAACUACACCCUACAAGUGCGUUAUGAAGAGGUCUUCAGACUGAAAAAUAUCAGUAAGCUGAAUGACUCUGCAGAUUUGAGGGAUCUCCAGGAAUUGUGGUUCGAGGUCACUGACAGAGGAAUAAAGAAGAUUUUGACUGUGCUGCCAGAGAAACACCCAACACGCCGUAAAUACCUGAAAGAACUCCAUGACCAAUUCAUACUCAUCGAGGAAAACUUCCAAGAGCAGAACCCUUAUGAGGGAGCUAUUCCAGAAGUCAUUCGGGAUAUUAAGGAACGCUUGGAGGAUACAAACUAUCAGGGCUGGAGAUCUGUCACACCUAAAUCAUUACUAGACAACUGUUAUCGGUCCAUGCACUGCCUAUUCAAGGACUGCUUCGUAAUCAACGGCACACAGUAUGACUACUGCAAACCUCAGCACUGGAGAAAGGGAAAGGAAACACAAGGAUGAUAGGAAGUUCCCUAAUUGAGGAUUUUCUACUGGGAAAUGCAGAAAAAAAGGCCACAGGCAUGCGGUGUGUUCACAAGGCUGUUGUUCACCAGCAUACAAGCCGUCCAUUUUGACCUUUAUCCAUCCAUUUUGCUAUAGCAUAUUAUAUAUCUAAUUUGAAACUAUAGCUAACUUAACAAGCUCCCUGGAUUCACACUGCCAACAGAUAUUUAAUGGUGUGCUUAAUGAUGUUCUUGAUCCUGUGUGCCAAAAUAGCAUUGUGUGUGUGUGUGUUGUGUUCUGUGAUCUUCUACAGGUAAUAGAAGUGAGCAUAUGUGUGUGUGUGUGUGUGUGUGUAUGUGUGUAUAUUACAUGCAGAUGUUUAGCUGACUGCUGGCUUAGUCAGCAAAUUCCUGUUUCCUUUGCUUUGCGCUUUGAUAUAAGCUACAUUCUCAUAAAUAUUACAUGUCUGUUGUUAUAUGAUGUUUUUUUAACGAUGUCCAUUUUUUUAAAUGCAUUUUAUGUUAUUUAUUUAGAGAUUUCUACAGAAUGUUCUAGUAACUAUGUUGGAGAAAAAAAAUUAAAUAAACAUCCCUCUGGCUCCCCCAUGU